ACAAGUCAAAGAUCUUCUGACUCCGAUGGGAAAAGUUCCCCACGCUGUGCUCCGUCUCAAUGAUGUAAUCUCUAUCCAGAUUCCAGACCUCAAACACAAAGAAUACUGAAUCCUGCAUUUGAAGUGUUUCAAACAUAUCAUUUUUAGAGAAGUAAAAUUUGCAGAGAAGUUAAACAAAGAUGACUGAAUUAAAGGAAUUAAAGCGACUGAAGGAUGAAGAGAAAAGCCUGAUGAAUAUUGCCAGUAAACUGAGCGAUCAGCUGAAUCGUCUUAAGGUAGAAGAGCUGGCCCUGCUGAGUAUGCUACACAAGGAGGGACUUCCAGUGAACACAAUGGAGGACACUGAUGUAGGGACAGAAGAACAACAAUCGGACAGUCAGCCAUCAUCCUCACAAGAAGUUGUUGAAAGGAGAGUGGAGUUGGUUCCCUUGGAUCUCCAUGUAAAAAACAACCAAGAGGAUGAAGAAUUUGAAGAGGAGGAAGAAGAAGAGGAAGAUGAUGAUCUCAAUAUGAUGAUGUCACAUUUUAAUGAUGGAUGAUUUUACAGUGAUGUCAUCAGUGAUGAACAGUUUCCUCACAUUGUAGCAUUCAUUAGGUUAUUGUUUAUCUUAACUAGCAAGUAAACUUAUUAAAAACUUGCUGCAUGGACAAUAAAUCUAAAUCUGAUAUAUAAAAAAUAUGGAUUUUUAGAGAUUUAUUAGAAGAAUGUUUAAAUAUCAAGAAACCAUAUUUUUGUAUCAUUUCCAGUUGCCUGUCAUUUGGAAGUUCAUUAACUAAGAACUAAAGACAAUGCAGAAGCAAAUUAGUUUUGUAUACUAUGAUUACCAGUAUUUGUUUUUUUAAUAAACCAACAAAAUCUGA